CAGCAGACGGGAUAUCCUGAGAGAUAUCUUGGGAAGUUUGAAGCACGAAACAAGCCUCGUUUUUGCCUUAUAAAAUGCAAGCAAAUCUGCUGCAAGCCAGCUGUUUCCUGAGUCAACAAAAUAUGUGUGGUUUUGGGAGAAAAACUUCUAGAACAACUUAGGAUCCACAGGGCUCGAGUCCAGCUCCUGGCCCUGCACGGGACACCCCAACAAUCCCACCCUGUGUCCGAGGGCAUUGUCCAAACACUCCUUGAGAUCUGAUAGGUUUGGGGCCGUGACCGCUGCCCUGGAGAGCCUGUUCAGUGCCCGACCACCCUCUGGGGGAAGAAUUUUUCCCUCAUAUCCAGCCUAAACUUCCCCUGGCACAGCUCCAUGACGUUUCCUUCCGCCGUCCCGCCGCCGGGGUUUCCGCCACUGUCGCCUCUCAGGCUCCUCCCGCCUCGCCUCAGGGCGUUCCCGCCUCCCCUCAGGGCUGUUUCACCUCCUCUCAGGGCUGUCUCGCCUCCCCUCAGGGCUGUCCCGCCGCGAUGUUCCGAGGCCGCCGUGCCUGGUUCUCGCAGAGCGUCAGCCCCGGCCCUCGGGGGCUCUGGGUGGCCGGCGGAGGGGCACUGACCGACUGGCUGGAUGCCGAGUACCUCUUCAGCAGCGAUGCCACCCACCCUGACACACGUAGGUGGGUGAUGGAAGCAUUUGUCUGUGGCUUUAAUGUAUUUAGUGGGAAGUAUUUCCUGGAUACUGACAUCCUAUCAUUUGUUUUGUUCUUCUUGGCAGAAAUCAGAAGGAAAAUCGGCUGUUUUAUUUGGGAGCAGGUGGAUGUCCUUGAAGAAAAGCCCAACGGAAAUCCAACAGAGGAAGCGGAGGCGGUAAGAAAUGGCUGCGAGGAAGAACCUGAGGGGGAAGCGCUAGACCUGGACAAGAGCAGUGAAGAAACAGGCUCUGAAGCACCUUCCCAGGGGGAAUUUCCAUACCGUGCCCUCCAGAAAUACCCAAUGAAUAACAUGGUGACAGGCUACACCUCCUCCCGGGACAUGAAGAAAUAUGAAGGGGAGCUCCACGACUUCAUCCCCGGCACGUCAGGCUACACGGCCUACUGGGUUCAAACCAAAAUUAGCAUUUACUGUGAGAGGAAGACCAAAAUGAAGAGGAAAUUGUAAUGCAUAGGUGGCUGGAGCAGCAAAAACUUCCCUAUUUAAGAGCUGCCAGAGAGGAUUUAUAAAUUAUCUGACUGCAGCUCAACAUGUUCAAUGUGUAUUCAAACACUUGUUAAAUUUACUGCAAAUAUUUCAAGUAUUUACUGCAAAUAUUUCAAGUACCUAAAUUUCACAACAAACACAAAUAUAGACAUUUCUUUCCAAAACACAAAUCUUUUGUCAUUUUAUUCCUACCAGGAAGGGGGUUUAAGCUAUGGCUGUGAACAGUUUUCCUUGGAAGG